UUCCCAUCACAAUUAUACAACAUAUUGUUCUAAUAAUAACAAUAUAAACUUGAUCGUCAGUUUGUACAAGAACGAAGUCAUAAUGAUGAUGGCCAAUACUGUAGAGCGCAAGUAUGAAGAUUUCGAUCCUGUUUCGGACUUGUUAUCUGAAAAAGAGUGCGACACCUUGCUUCUUUAUCUCCCAGGUUUUAGGAAGGAGCAACUGAAGGUUCAAUUAACCACAUCUCGCAUCCUAAGGAUCAGUGGUGAACGUCCUACUGGGGAUAACAAAUGGAAGCGAUUUAACAAGGAAGUUCACGUGACAUCCAACGUUGAUAUGAAGGAGAUGACUGCUAAGUUUGAAGGAGGCAUACUUUACAUCAGGCAACCAAAGUUGAUCACACCAGCAGAACCUGCAGCAACUGCGGCACCAGCAGAACCUGCAGCACCAGCAGAACAGCUACAAGAUCAACAAGGUCCAACUGGGGGAAAUAUGGAGAAGAAAGAAGAGGGUGAAAUGGAUAGGAAAGAAAAAGAUGAGAUUUCAGCCGAGAGUAAUGAGGAAAGGAAAGGAAAAUGGUGGAUGAAUGAGCUGCGCGAACAAGUUGGGGUUCGCAUUCAGCUUUUCAAGGAGCUAAGUAAACCAGAAAAACUGAGAAGGCUCGCUGUUUAUGUCGUUUUGUUGCUGAUACUUGUCUUUCAAAUCACCAAGAUGUUCAAAUCAUUCACCAAGGUUGAGGAGCAAACUGUUUUGGAAUUCAAUCAUCAAGAAUUUUAAGGCCAUUAAAUGAGAUGCAGACUUACAGAUGGACACAACAAGUUCAAAUUGUCCUAAAAGCCCUUCUCUGACCUGAAGAUCACACUAGCUGUUAUCAGGAACUGCAACCAUUUCUUACAUGAUUUCAAGCAAUAUAAACAGUUUCUGCUAUGUUUUUCUUGAUCAUGAGUUCAUGACAGUUUAAUAUUAUUGUUAACAAUUUAGCUUCAA